UUUCCCUGUUUGGAUUGUGUCAACGCUGAAAGGUUGAAAUAGAUAGUUAGCUGCCAAAUUAUUGUUCAAAUAGCUGCCUUUACAUAUUUACCCGCUAUUGCAAUAUUGGAAAUUAUAAUAGCGUGUCUCAUGACUUUUGGCACGUGUCGUCAUGGACAACCGUUGUUACUGUUGUGCAUCAAAGUUCAGCCUCUUCAAGAAGGAGCUGGGAUGUAAGAACUGCGGCCGCUCCUUCUGCUCCAGCUGUCUGACUUUCAAUGCUGUGGUGCCUCGCUGUGGCAACACCCAUCAGAAGGUCUGCAAGCAGUGUCAUGAUAAUAUGACAAGUGGGGGUCCUCCUAACAGUGGUGGAAGAUGGUCCCCUCCUGAAAAUUACAAAAAACGAGUUGCUGCGCUUGAGGCCAAACAACAAGGACAGGCGAUGCAGCCUCUUGCACAGGGAGGCAGUAGAAAUGCUAAAGCAGGUCUUCUCCCAGCCAAAGGCCUGAGUAAGGAAGAUCAAGCUAUUGCUGAAAGGCUUCAAAAGUUGAAAGAGGACACUACACCAAAGUCUAUCCCAUCUGAGAGAGAGAUUGAAUCUCGCCUAGCUGCUCUAAAAGCUCCUAGCCGGCCAGUGCCUUCCACAGGGGAGAUGGAGGACCGUCUGGCAGCUUUAAGGGGUCAACCCCCACCUUCACAAGCUCCUCCACCUGUGCACCAACCUCCAGAUAACAGGACUCAGACUGAACAAGCCAAUGAUCUGAUAACCCAGAUGACAGAUGAAGUUGCUAUAGACAACCAGCAAUCAAAUCCUGAAUGCAGUGUAGAUGGUCGUAUGAAUGACCUCAACAAGGGGGAGGAGGGGACAUUGGAGGAGAAUUUGGAGGAGAACCAGGAUGCAAGUAAGCAGCUUGAGGCUGAGAAGGCCCGUCUCCUUGACGAGGCAAUGGAGGAGCUGAGGAAGGAGCACGUCUCCCAAGAUCAGAUCCUCCACAUGGCGAAGAGGCUGGCACAGCUGAAAGGGCAGGACCCAGACAAAGUUACUAUGGAGGACUUCAAGCAUCCCGACAGUGAUGAAGAGACUGAGGAAGAAGCUGUGAGGAGGGUGUUAAAACAGCUCUCAGAAGAAGCUGCGCUGGAUGAGGCCAGUGGCUACAACAUACCUUUAGAACAGAGUGGACCCAGGAACACGGAAAAGAAAAAAACCUCUAAGAAACCGACUCCAACAGCCAAGAGUAGGAUUUCCCCAGCGGCCGUUGCACAUCAGCCAUCAGACAGUGAUGAGGAUGAACUUCCAUGGUGCUGCAUCUGUAACCAAGACGCCACCCUUCGCUGUCACACCUGUGAUGGAGACCUGUACUGCAACCGCUGCUUCAGGGAAGGCCAUGAUAAAUAUGACAGGAUGGAGCAUCGCACCGCUAACUACACCGCGCCAAAGAAGAAGAGGAAGACAUGAUAGUGAGACUGUGCUGUUGAUGUCGGCCUUAUCAGGUUGUGAUAUCACCACUCGACAAAAAAAUGUCGCAGUCUGGCAAGCCUUGUCGGAAGUGUGGUCUUACAGUAUAGAUGGCGUCUGUGUCAGAGAGGCAAGAGUGGAAGUGGGGGCGAACCAAGCAAAUUACUAUAAUGGAGCCUUUAGCCAGAAGACCCUCUGUGUAUGACAGACAGAAGACCAGAGUGCAGUUUCAUCAGUGUGCAUUACUGUCUAGCCAACUGAGCAGAAACCAUAAUUACACUCUCCUCCGGGGGCUUGUUCCAUUAAGGUUUGUAUGGAUACCGUUACUGUGUUUGCCUUUUUUCUGGCCAUGUCAUACACGGACCACAGACAGGAAAUGGAAGGGGAUAAUGGACGCAUACUUAAUGGCCCUUCCUGCUACUGAUUUCACUGUGUUUACUCUUAGACAUGACAUGUCAUCGUCUCCUUUGUUUCCAUCACUCUGUUGAAAAAUUUACGCUAGAAAACAAAACCUUGCUUUUAGGGAGUGAUAUCCUGACCGCCAUUCUACAGUAAAGGCUCACAGUUGUCUCUGGGCAGUAGGACAUAAUCGUUCUUUAAAGGCAAAUCAGUUUAUUAGAGCAGAAAUAAAGGGCAGUUGAGGUAAUGGGGUAGUUAAAUCGGUACUGUAAAUUGAUGGAUUUAAUAGACAUGUCAAUAUUUGUUUGUGUGUGUGUGGAAUGAAUAAUACCUGAUGAUACCAAAACCCAGUCGCUUUCUUGACUGUUUCUGUGAAAUCAGAUGUAACCCUUUUAAAACACAUCAACACCCUUGUCUUGAAAAUGUUCAGUUUUAUUUUGACCUACAACACUGUUAUUAGAACAAAAAUAUUUAUGUACAUAAAUAUCCAACCGAAAAUGUACAGUCUUACACAAAAAAACAAACAAACAAACAAAAAAAACAGUCCGUCUGAGUAAUAGUCAGUACAUCUUUUAUCACAUGUACAUUAUUGGUAUGUUUAGGGGAGACAAAAUUUUAAAGCAGUCCAUACAUUAAAGUGAAAUACAAAAAAAAAACAUUCAAAACCCAACUGCUCGGUGUUAGACUGAUGCUGACCCAGGAAGAGAAGUCCCACUGACAUGUGAACCGCAUGUACGGGCAUCCAAACAGUUAACACGUAGGCAAUCAGAAGUUAAGAGGCUUCAUAUUGUCUCAAUUCUUUAUUUGACCUAUUAUUUCUUCAAGGGACCUGACAUUUUGCGUAGACCCUUUAUCCUGUAGAGCAGCCCGUUGAUAAAAUCCUACAGAGAACAUGGACACAACAUUUUUUUCUGCAUGCAACUUUUACAAACUAGAGAAGACAACAGUAAUAAAUAAAGCAAUAAAACAAUAACAUGAUUUUUCUCUGUAAAUAAAUAUUGCAAAAUUG